AUGAAAAGGAUAAAACCAUUCUCAAGAAAACUUUUAAUAAUUUAUUUUUAUAUAAUAUUAAUUAUUAUAGGAUUUAAUAUUUUAAAAUAUAGUUUAUUUGAUGAUGAUGAUGCAAAUGUAUUUUUUUAUGGAUCUGAGGAUGAGGUUGAUAUUUAUAGUCCAGAACAUCAAAAAUAUCACCAUAAUAUUUAUAAUCUAGAUAAUGAUUUUCAAGAUCAAAAUAAUAUACUUGCAGGUGAGGACGACCUACCACUUGAGCAGGUGCCAGAUGGUGUACCAUCGGAUUUAGUGUAUUUGAAAUUUUUAGGAUCAUUUGACAGGCCAACAGAUGAUAAUAUAGCAAGAAGAUGUAGAGGAAUUGACGACAAAAGAUGGUACUAUUUAAUAAAGAAACCAAUGUACCCAAACCAAACAGUGGACAUGGAGAUAUACAAUGAUUCAGGCAUACAAUUUCAGUACCCCGAUAGAGAGUACAACCAGUCCAUACCAAGAAUGAUAAUUGCAUUAGAGCCACCACAUCUCAGACAUUGUUCAUUCAAUCAAACUUGUUAUAAAAUUUUCAAUUUUAAAGUAUCCUACGAAGCACAAUCUGAUAUUAGAACGGGAUUCGAUACACAUAAAACCAGCGCAUUUAAAACAUAUAAUUUCAUACCAGCACGCGAUAUGGUAGAAAUUAAAAAUCAAUUUAAAAAAGAUUACCAAAUUAUGAAAACCACUAAUCUAAGUGCACUACAACCUCACCAAAUACCAUCACUCCCAUUGGCGAAUUGGUUCUGCUCAAAUUGUCAAGAUGUACGAUCUAAUCGUUUAGAAUACGUUCAAGAAUUAAUGAAAUAUAUAGUUAUCGAUUCGUAUGGCCACUGUUUAAAUAAUAUGCCAACACAAGAAAUACUAAAAAGAUUAUCAAAUGAUCCUUUUGCAAAAAAGAAAGAAGUAAUAACAAAAUAUAAAUUUACAAUUGUUUUUGAGAAUUCAAUUUGUAAAGAUUACGUAUCUGAGAAAGUAUUGGAUGCAUUGACUGCUGGUUCCGUACCAAUAUUUAUGGGUCAUCCAAGUACUAUCAAAUAUUUACCAUACAAUUCUUAUAUAUACGUUGGUGAUUUUAACUCUACACAGGAAUUAGCAAAUCAUUUAAUUUAUUUAGAUCAAAAUGAUGAUGAGUAUAAUAAAAUCCUUCUCAAUUGGAGAACAAAUGAAACUGCAAUUGAGCAAUGGAAAGGUGUAAAUAAUUAUCCUUAUAAACCUGGUUUUAUAAUUCGUGAAUUUGAAUGUGCAAUGUUAAGACAUUAUCAACUUUUAAAAUCUGGUGUAACACCAUUUAAAAAUUUAAAAUAUAAACCAAUCAAUGAAGUUUGUUUACCUUCAAAUUAUUUUAAAAUUAAAUUAAAUAAAAUAUAA